AUGGGUGAUUUGGAUUUCAUUAUCGAAAUUCAUCAUGGUGGCAAAUUUGUUGACAGUGGACAACGAUUAGAGUAUUUAGGAGGAAUGGUUAUGGAGGAUUUACAUUUUGAGGUUGAUGAAUGGUCAUUGCAAGAGAUUGUCAGUCAGCUAAAGCAACUAGGGUAUAAGAGUUUCGCUAGGGUCUGGUACAAGGAACCUGGGAUGGAUUUGAAGUCAGGUCUUAGAGAGUUGAAGUCCGAUGGGGAUGCGAUGAGAAUGGCUAGAGAAAGUAAUGGGAUUGAGAUCACUUCAACUGAUGCUGAUUAUGUGCCAGAGGAAGGUGAGGACAGUGCUGAUGAUGAUGGGUUGCUAGAGGUUGAAGUGGAUGCUGAAAUUGCAGCAGCUGGAACAGCUGAAGGUGAUGAAGGUUUAAGGGAGGGUGAUGAGCAAGUUGGGGGCUUAUCUGAUGGAUAUGAGACUGAUGACAUAGAUAGUUAUGAGGGGGACUCUAAUGAUAUGAUAAAAAAGAGGAGGUUCCCUAAGUACAAUGAGGCAGAGAUGAACAGAGAGUAUGAAUUUCAGGUGAGGUGUAGAGUUGUUUGCAAAGGAAGAAAGGGAAAGUGCAAGUGGGUUUGUUUUGCGAGUAAGGUGGGGGGUUCUGACUGUUUUCGGAUCAAGACGUUGAAUGGAAAGCAUACAUGUGGAAGGAACUAUUGCGUAAGACUUGCAUCAAGUAGUUGGAUCUCAAAGAAGAUUGCCAACAACAUCAGUAGCGGGGAAGAGAUGAAGCUUGCGACAGUUAUUCAGACUAUACAAGACAAAUACAUGGCCAAUAUCAGUGUUGGUAAGGCUUACUGGGCAAGGAGGAAAGAGAAGAGGCCUUCUCUUACGCACCAGCCCCGAUUUAUGAGAAUGUACAUGUGCCUUGAUGCAGUCAAGAAAGGCUUCUUGGCGGGGUGUAGACCUAUUAUUGGCGUGGAUGGAUGUCACUUGAAGGGCGACCAUGGACAGCAGCUGCUAGUUGCUGUUGGCAGAGAUCCAAAUGACAAUUACUUUCCCAUUGCCGUAGCUGCAGUAGAGGCAGAGACUAAGGACAGUUGUGAAUCUAAGUCUGCCAUGUUUAUGAUGAUAUAUGCAACUGGAGGCUUUGAACAUUUACCUGACUAUAUUGUGUAUACUGUGUUCUGGACUGAAUCAAUAAAACAGGGGCUGAUGCAAAUCUUUCAAGAGGCAUUGCCAACACUGGAGCAUAGGCUUUGUCUGAGGCAUUUAUAUGCCAACUGUAAGAAAGCUUAUGGGGGUGGUGCUGUACUAAGGGACCUAAUUCUGUCUAUUGCCAAAGCUACCUAUGUGGAAGAAUGGGAAAGAAGGAUGAAUCAACUAAAGGAGCUCAACAGAGACUGUUAUGAGAAGUUGUUUGCUUUGGAUCCAAAAUUAUGGACAAAGAGUCACUUUACAUUUCUGGCCAAGAGUGACAUGCUGAUGAACAACAUCUCGGAGGCAUUCAAUGGAAGAAUCCUAGAGGCAAGAGACAAGCCAAUUCUGACAAUGUUUGAAUGGAUUAGGUGCUAUUUGAUGACAAGGUUUGUAGAGAAAAAGAAGAAGGCAGAGAGGUAUGAGGGUACACUUUUGCCAAAACCAAAGAAACGGCUAGAUAUCAUCGCGGUUAGAGCUAUGGAGUGGCAAGCUAAAUGGGCAGGAGACCUGAAGUUUGAAGUCCACCAUAAGAACAGGAUGAUAAUGGAAAGGUUUGUGGUCGAUUUGAUGGUUGGGAGGUGUAGUUGUAGGUUCUGGGGUUUGUAUGGUAUGCCAUGUCCCCAUGCUUGCUGUGCUAUCUUUGAGAAGGGUGACAACCCAGAAGAUUAUUGUAGUAACUAUUACAACAAGGCAGCAUACCUUGCUACAUAUGGGUAG